UUUCAUCUAAUCUUCCAUCAUCUAACUAUCGGUCUUUCGCUUGGUAUUCUUUUUACUUUCUUACUCAACUUCUUCCGGACCAAAACCGAUUACUCCCCUCCCCGUCUCAGCCAGGAACUGAUACGGGAGUCCACAGCCAUGGUCGUCUCGUCCCUUGUUCGCCGAGGCAUGGAGCUGGCCUCCGCCAAAGACCGUGAAGUGCCCUCCAUUCAUCUCUCGGGGUGGUUCGCUGGUCUUUUUGUCUUCUCUGUCCUAGCUUUCUUUUUUGUUGUAUUCUCGAUCGAGUACACCUAUGGAAUGGUGGUUGCUACCCUCGCCGCCAUCGAGGAUACCAACCCUGAUCUCUAUAUCCGUGUUGAGUCCGAUUUCAAUCCUAACAAGGAUGUGGACCCGGUUGAGCCCGAGGCACGCACCCUUCGCCCGCAACCUGUCACUAGUACCCUGCGCACCUCCAUUAAACAUCUCCGUGCCCGUGCCGGCUUCUGGUCUCGUUUCCGCGGCUUCGGUCUGUUUAUGACAUACUCUCUGGCCGAGGGAUUUCUAUUCUCAAUUCUACCUGUGUCCAUGACCAACUUUGGCGGGCAGCUGGCCGCCAGAAUGAUCAUCGGCAUGGCCCUGGCCAACCUGGAACUGACCUGGGUACAUAUUGUGAUAUCCGAGCCCUCCUCCAAGCGCUUCUAUCAGCGCAUUCCCGGCUUCAAGAGCUGGCUGAAAAUUGCACCCGUCGUUGCCUUCGAGCAAGGCGCUGUCUGUGCCGCUUUCUACAUUCCUCUAUUUAUUGCCGGAGCUGCCGGAGCUCUGGGUGAUUUGGUUGUUGAUCCCAACGCUAACCUCCCACCGGCUGAGCUUGUGAGCCGCGCCGCCACAGCCAUCGCCAUCCCAUCUCUACUUGCCGCCCUCGUAUCCAUCCCCGUGCGGGCCGUUACGAUUCGUGUUGCAGCCUCCAUGCUCCCAAAGGAGGAUGACGCGAUCGUACCCUUUGACCGCUCCUUCGGCGGAAAGGUGGUUCCUGCCACUCUGGGCGGCAGCGGUAAACUUAGCAUUAAAGAUGCAUGGGCAACCUUCGAUGGACCUGCUCGCAUUCGCUACCUGAAGGUGAUCGGUAAGGCCUUUGCCAUGGAGUUUGCCGCGGUGAUCCUCUUUUCAGUUGUACUUGGAUGCCAAGUCCACGCAGGGGCAUUGACAUACGGUAUCCGGCGUAGUGAGGCCAACGCUUAGCUGAUCCAUAUAUUU